AUGUUACUUGGCCACAACGACAAUAAUAUGGAAGACAAAAUCAUGAAAGUUACCAUAGUUUAUAACCAUUUUGGAGAGGAUCUAGUUCAAAGAAUGUCGAGGGUGAGGCUUGGAUAUGCACAUGUUGCAAACAAUAAGUAUGAUGAAUGGCAUAUGUUUACGGAAGAAGACAUGCACUUGCAAAACGUCUACCUGCUAGAAGGGAAAAGUGCUCAAAAAACGCAGUAUUUGAAAUUCGAAUCUUUUGUAGGUUACAAAAAGGAGAAUAAUAAGAAUGGUUGGAAGAACUGGAAAUGGAGAUCUUCAAAAGAUGUGUUUCUAGGUGGAGCAUAUUUCAUUCCAUCAGGAUAUGGAAGUUGUGCACCUGGUUAUUCAAAAGCACAGUAUUUCCCAGUAACUCAUGGCUCUCAAGUGCCUGCGCUUCCUGCAAAUGCAGGACCACUUCGUUGCACGAAGUACAAAGCAUGUUAA